AUCACGCUCACCGGGACGCUCGAGGACUGGCAGCAGCUCCGUGCGCGCGCCGAGGCGCUUGGGGAGAAGAUGAUGCCGGAGUUCCGCGACAAGUGGAUGGCGUGCCUGCUCCCGGUCCUCGAUGAGUUCGUCAACAGCUACCGCGGCGAGGUCAACUUUUCGUUCUGGCAGACGAUGGUGAAGCUGCGGAGCACCGGCGGUGGCUCGGGCUCGCACUCUUUCAUCAGCGGCUGGAUCAGCAUCCUCUAUCCCUACCUCGCGAAUGGCCAAGCCAACAUUCUCCGGCCGUGGGCGGAGAUGUUUUUCCACGGCCCUGAAUCGUCCGAUUUCCCGGCGACGACCUCGAGCGUGCCGUGCGACUGGGAGUACCACGGAACACAGUACGACCUUCACUUCCACGCCGGAAUCAUCGGCUUCACGCAGGACAGCGACACUGGCUCGCUCGAGCCGGUUCUCGGCUGGUCGGCUACGCACGAUCCGAAUUCGGAUCCCGAAUCGCGCCUCGCCUAUCUUGAGCGCGAGAUCGUCGAGAUCCGCAAGGGCCACCCGGCUGCCGAAACCAAGGACGGCGAGGAGGAGGGCGAGGAGGAGGGCGAGGAGGAGGGCGACCGGAACGCAGCGGUGCGCAUUCGCACGAUGCAGCGCGAGGUUAAGCAGCUGAAGCGCGCGCUGAAAUCGACUGCGGACUCCUGACUUGCUGUAUGCUGACCCCCCUCCCCUGGUGCGACGGCACGAAGAUCUGGAGAAAGAAAGGACUUGCCGCAUCAUCAUGUGACCAGAGUUUAUGUAUAAAAGCUUGUGCUGUGAUCGAGCACUUCCCGAACCGCCGCCAAGUGUAUCGUCAAACUAUGUACCACCGCGUGCAUGAUGACAGGGAGGUGGGGCGCCUCCUCCUGUGGUUCCCAGGCGCCCUCAAAUGGAUGACGUGCGUCCUCGUGACGGACGAUCCAGCAGACGCGCCCUUCGGCCUUAGCGCGGAGCUCGACCAUGUGACGGUGGUCGAGGUUGGCUACAACGGCCGCCUGUCCCGAGCCUGGCCAUCCUGUAGAUACCUGGU